GAUCCUCUGCUCUCAGGCUGUUUACCAGCUCACAGCUCAAAACAAGAGCACGACUGAGGUGUGUUUGGAGAGCAGUGUGGCUCGACUUACCACAGGCUUUUCCAUUUAAACAGAUCGUUUCGUUUCGUAAUAUAUAUAAAAAAUCAUCAUUCUUCUUCUUGUUGAAAACAUCACGGAAUGAAAAUGUUUCAACUGCUGUACUUUGUGUUUCUGCUGAGCUCUGGUUUGGUGGACUGUUGGUCUGUUGUUGAAGAGUGUAUUACAUCUAAUGGAGAGCACUAUAGGGGAAUUCAACAGAAGACAUCCACAGGGAAUAUCUGCCUCAACUGGAAGAGUCUGAACUCACAGACAGAUGUUGGAGAUCACAAUUUCUGCCGCAACCCAGAUGCUUCAGAGAAGCCCUGGUGCUAUGUCUCCGGGUCCGAUGGAGCGACCAGAAAAGAAGCAUGUGAUAUUAGGACAUGCCAAGACCAAAACUCCACAGAAGCCACUGCUUCAGAAGAGUCGGUCCCCACUCAGGGACUCACCCCAAGGAUGGUGGAGACCUUCGAAAACACUGACUCCUUCCCCUCGCAGGUGGAGGGUGCGGCGGUGCAGCCCGUGAAGGGAGUCCGACAGCAGGUCAGGAGUGGACCCAAGAAGAAGAAAGACCUUGGGACUCUCGGUUAUGUUCUGGCCGUCUUCAUGAUGGCCAUUAUCAUCCUACUUGGAGGUGGCAUCACAAUAGGAUACUUCUACAAACGGGGUCGUGACCUCAAGAAACAGCACGAGCAGCGGGUUUACGAGCGUGAGAUGCAUCGCAUCACUCUUCCUCUCUCAGCCUUUGCCAACCCCACCUGCGAGCUGGUGGAUGAGAACACCAUCGUCAUCACAGCUCAACCCAACAACCAGACCCCCACUCAGGAGCCCGUCGAGGGGGCCGACCCGCUUAUGGGGACAGCAGGGACCCCUGGAGCCUGAUGGAGGAACAGGAUGAGCGCCUGGAAAGGCGUCUUUGUUAAGACAUGUCUAUGCAGUAUUGCAGAAUCUCAGAGGACUAAACCCCAUGUCCACCUUCCCUCUGCCUGUCGUCUCUUUUCUCUUUACCUUGCCUUUACAGCACGGUUUCACAGUAAAGGUAGGGCAUAUGCCUUGAGAGAGUGGUGGAAAGCAUUUUUUGUCCCAGACAGUGUCCUUAUUUUCUCAACAAAGUUGUUGGGGAAAGUAGGACAUGUGGGGAUACACUGGAAGAAGGUGAAAUGGUGGGUUUGUAUUAAUAUGCAUGUCAGGGAUUCCCGUGGAGAAAAAUUGCAAGUACGUUUUGUGAGCAUCAUCACAGGGCAUGAACUUUCCCUGCUUGUUAAACUCCAACGAGACGGCGACUGUCCAGUUAACUGCGCCGUGUCCUCUGGAUCAGAUCAUCAGAUGUUCUGGGGUUUUGAAAGAGAAGACAAUCCACUCUUAUCUUCUUUCCUGCCUUUUCUGUUGUUUUUGUUCCUAACGCAGUUGUGGUGGAGAGUUGAGACUGAAAUUGUACAUGUGUAUCUGAAUUUGUUGCUCUACAGCUGGGCUGUUUAUUCUUUAGGGAGAUUUGGUUAGCAACUAGAGCUAAUUGAGUUAAUUGCCUUUGAUAGCUCUUCCCCAGAAAUCCAUAUUCAUUAGGCAGAUCAUGUGGCCUGGGAUGCUAGCGCUAAGCUAGGUGAAGGUUUUGACUAAAUGAAGAGGAAAUCUUUCCAGAGAUCUUGCCUUAGUAAAUUACAUUUGAAUGUAUUGUUGCUCCUGUGGCCACAGUCUGAUGAAGAGCAAGUGAGCGCUGUCAUGACUUCAGCAAACCAGUCAGAGUGGGUCUCUGGGUACAUUUACUAUAUCCGUGUUCAUUUGUUCCUGAACAUACAGAUGGUCUGAAAUAGGACAUAGUUUGAAGCUUGAACCUGAAACUGAGAGUGUGUUCAAGAUGAUGUAUUAAAAUAAUGUGCUAUGGUUUUAUUUUACAGAGAUGGGAUUUUUUUUUGAUGAAUGCAUUUGUUUUCCCAGGGUUGAUUGUACAACUGCUUAAGGUUCUGGAAGAUCUUGCAUUUUUAGUUUGAGAAGUUUUUUUUACUGCUAUGAAAUAAAAUCAGUUUGAAGGAAAUUA